AUGUCCGACGACGACGACUUCAUGCAAGAUUCGGAGGAGGAGCAUGUAUCCUAUGACUUCGAAUACGAAGACGACGACGAGGAGCAAGGCGGGGAUGUGAAUAUUGAGAACAAAUAUUACAACGCGAAGCAGCUGAAGGCGGAUGAUCCGGAGGCCGCAAUAGACGAAUUCCUUGGGGUCCCCGCGCUAGAAGAAGAGAAAGGAGACUGGGGUUUCAAAGGCCUCAAACAAGCCAUCAAACUGGAGUUCAAGCUCGGGCGCUACGAACAAGCCGUAGAGCACUACAAGGAACUUCUUACGUACGUCAAGUCGGCAGUCACACGCAAUUAUUCCGAAAAGUCGAUCAACAACAUGCUGGACUUCAUCGAGAAGGCGGCCGAAGACGCCGAGGCAUACCGUUGCAUGGAGAAGUUCUAUGCCUUGACCCUAGACACAUUCCAGAGCACCAACAAUGAGAGACUGUGGUUAAAGACAAACAUCAAGCUUGCAAAGCUCUGGUUAGACAGAAAGGACUACCGUCAACUCACCGAGAAGUUACGAGAGUUACACAAGGCAUGCCAGAAAGAGGAUGGGACGGAUGAUCCUAGCAAAGGGACCUACGCGCUGGAAGUGUACUCAUUGGAGAUUCUGAUGUAUGCGGAGACGAGGAACAACAAGCGUUUAAAGGCGCUGUACCAACGGGCACUCACUGUGAAAUCGGCAGUCCCACAUCCCAAGAUCAUGGGUAUCAUCCGUGAAUGUGAGAAUUGGAAGGGAGCUCAGAGCGACUUCUUCGAGAGCUUCCGGAACUACGAUGAGGCAGGCUCGCUGCAACGGAUCCAGGUGCUGAAGUAUCUCGUGCUCGCGACCAUGCUGUCGGGCUCGAACAUCAACCCGUUUGACUCGCAGGAAACCAAGCCUUAUCAGAACGAUCCCCGGAUCUCGACGAUGACGGAUCUCAUCAACGCGUAUCAGCGGGAGGACAUACACGAGUACGAGAAGAUCCUGCAGAACAACCGGGACCUGUUGAACGACCCCUUCAUCGCCGAGAACAUCGACGAGGUUACGCGCAACGUGCGAACCAAGGCCGUCUCCAAGCUCGUAGCGCCGUACACACGGUUCACGCUAGCCUUCCUCUCCAAGCAGCUGAAGAUCUCGCUCGCCGAGGUGCAGGAGAUCGUCAGCUACCUGAUCGUGGACGGGAAGUUGCGUGGGAAGAUCAACCAGCAGGAUGGUACUGUGGAGAUGGAGAGUAGCACAGACGUGGAUCGGAUGCAGGCGAUGCAAGAGUGGAGCAAAGCGAUUGGGAAUCUAUGGGGGUCGAUUCUGGAUGAAGGAGACGGUUUCAGAUUGGACGACGGCGGCCAAUUCCCGGGGGGUGGCCCUGGAGAGGGAGGGCAGUCGGGCCCGCAGCGAGGUUGGUUUGAGAAGCUUGGAGCCAAGGGCGGGCGACGGAAAGAGAGGGGUCAGCCGGGGCGGUUGAUGGGGCUCGGGAACCGAUGA